AUGACGAGAGGCCUGGGGCUCACCCCGCUGCUUCGGCCGCUUCGGCAGCCCCAAUUGUCGCCGCGCACUUGCCCUCUGUACAUGUACCGACAACUUCCCCGAUCGCCAUUCCUUGGAGCAGCGCGUUGGCAGAGUACCGUCCCUCCGGAAGAGGAGGGGAGCAUUCCCAAGGACAAAGAUCGCGGGCACAUUGACAAGAGCGAAGCCGAGUCCUUGGUGUUCUUUGACAACCUAUUCCCGCUCAAGCUUAGCUAUAUCCUCCGAGGCCCAUGGCGAAACGAAACGCAAUUCAUCAGGUCAUUCGAGACCACGACCAUGGGUCUCAACGACCCCGUCCACACUAUCAAACGAGCCGUAGAGGAUUUGCCUUUAAAGAUUACUGAAAUCGUACCCCGAGUCAAGGACGGCGGCGCCUUUGUCAAGUUUGCCUACAACGAAGCUGUCCCACUCAGCGAAAUCGAAACCAAGCUUUCCAAAGCUCUCGAAGAAAAGGCUCUCAAGCCCUGGUUCAACCCCUUUGCGCGCGUAGCCGCCGGCAUCGUCCGCGGCAUCCCCUGGCUCGAAGACCUCAACCGAUUCCCCAAGACCCGGCUGCGGGUCGAGCAAUACGGCCGGAUCGCCGAGAUCACCUCGCAACCCACCGACUCCAAGGUGGUGCCGCGCUUCGCGUACGUCGACUUCAUGCUGGUGCGCGACUCCAUCAUGGCGCGGAACUGCAUGCACGGCUUCGUGAUCAAGCCGCACAGCAUCUGGAACUGGCUCACCUCCCACCCGCGGCUCGUCAUCCCCGUGCUCGCCGCCAUGCUCGCCGCCCUGACCGUGGUCAUCUUUGACCCGAUUCGGAAAUUCUUCGUCAAGAGCUACGUCAAGCACAAGAAUUCCCUGACGAGCAACCGCUUCAUCGGAUGGAUCAAGACCCAGACGGAUACCCUCCUCGGCAGCAAGAAAAAGGACAAGAGGCUCAGUCUGUCCGCGUUUUGGAACCAGCGCCAGGGCCUCAUCGAGGACAUUGAAUCCGGCCUCGCCGAUCCGCAGGGCACCUUUAUCGUCGUGCAAGGGUCCAAGGGCUCCGGGCGGGACGAGCUCGUGGAGCAGGCGACCAAGGAUCGCAAGUACGUGCUGACCAUUGACUGCAAGGCCAUUUGCGAUUCCAACGGCGAGACGGGCGUGAUUCGCAAGCUGGCCGCCACCGUCGGGUACCGGCCCAUCUUUUCGUGGGCCAACAGCAUGAGCAGCAUGGUCGACCUCGCCGUGCAGAGCACCACGGGCGUCAAGGCCGGCUUCUCCGAGACGUUUGACGCGCAAAUCUCCAAGAUCCUACACACCACCGCCAGCGCCCUCAAGGAGGUCUCGCUCUCGAGCCGCCCCGACAAGAGCCCCGAGACCGAGGAGGCCUUCCUCGAGUCCCACCCGCAGAGCCGGACCGUCCUCGUGAUUGACAAUUUCCUCUUCACGAGCGAGGAGAACAAGUCGCGCAGCAACGUCAUCUACGACAAGAUCUCCGAGUUCGCCGCCACGCUCGUCCAAAACAACAUUUCCCAAGUCAUCGUCCUCACCAACGACGGCGCCUUCUCCAAGGUCCUGGGCCGCGCCUUGCCCGACCGGUCCCUGCGCCACAUUGCCCUCGGCGACCUCCCGACCGACCUGAAGAAGGCUGAAAAGGAGGGCGAAAAACCCGUCAAGUUCGCCAAGCCCGACCUCGCCGAGCUGAGCGGCAGCCUCGAGGUCAUUGGCGGCCGUCUCGCCGACCUCGACCUCUUCGCCACCCGCCUCAAGUCCGGCCAGACGCCCAACCAGGCCGUCGACGAGAUUGUCAACCAGUCCGCCGCCGAGAUUGUCAAAAACUUCAUCGUCCGCGAAGAAUCCUCGUCCUCCUCGUCCUCGAGCGACGACAACAAACCCGCCUGGACCGUAGAGCAAGCCUGGUGGGUCAUCAAGACCGUCGCCGACCGCAAAACCCUCUCCUACGACGAAGCCCUCGUCAGCGCCCCCUUCUCCGCGGGGCCCCACCCCGCAGGCCAAGCCCUCGACGCCCUCGCCGCCACCGACCUCGCCGCCUUUGCGCUCCUCGCCCGCGACGCCGCCCUCCGCUCCCGCAUGGACCGCGCCGUCCUCGCCUCCCAGGCCAAGGCCGAAAAGGCCAAGAUCGAGGCCGCCGAGCGCGAGCUCGCCGUCCUCGCCGCCCUCCGCCCAAGCUCGGCGCCCAGGUCGCCGGCCGCGUCUCCUACCUCCUCGCGAACCUCGACGAGAGCCAGCGCAAGAUUGUCGAUUUCGAGACGGAGAUUGCGCGCUUGA